AUGAGCAACUGGAGCCCAUCUCGUCCAGCACCAUCCACGACCAACGCCACCUCCGACACCAUCCCCCCACCAUCCAACACCGGCGGCCUCGCAGGAAGCCUCUCACCCCCCUCCAUCCUCGACACGAUCGACACGUCCUUACAACUCGACCAAGACCUCCUCCCGCAACUCGUAUACGAAUAUCUAGUCCACAACUGCUACUCGGCUACCGCAUCCUCAUUCGCUACCCUAUGGCUCGCCGGCGACUCGACCACUCAUAAUACUCAUGCAUCUGAUAACAACACCAUAGACAAGAAACAUCAGGACACACAUAUGGACAUCGUCAAUGGCGGAAUGAGUAUGGUGGUUGAUGACGACGGCGAUCUGCUCAUGGGUGGAACCCCAUCAAAUAACACAACCCCACACACACAGCAAGACAUAUACGCACGCAACGCAUCACGCCGUCUCCUCCUCUCCGCCGCAGCACGUAAACCAUCAAACGCAAGCAUAGCAUCAUCCUCAACAUCGAAUGGAACCACCAUGUCGUCAAGUCUCGAGCCACGUAAACAGCUCUACUCGUUGGUAUGCAGUGGGAGGAUACUCGAGGCUGUUGCGUACUGCCAUGCGCAUUUCCCUGAUGCACUGAAUGGGAAGACGCCCGAGAGCGAAGAUGUGUGCUUCAAGCUGCAGUGUCAGCAGUUUAUAGAGUGUGUGAGGAAUAGUGGGGUCGAUGCGUUAAAGUUUGCGCAAGAAGAGUUGAUAAAAUACCAAUCCCUCGGCGACAAGUACGCCAAAACAUUCAACGACGUGAUUGCUCUCCUCGCAUACACAGACCCAGAGCACUCACCGCUAUCGGAAUACCUCUCGCUCAAACAUCGUGAAGAUGUCGCUAUGGCUCUCAACAUGGUAUACGAUCGCCUCCCAGCGAAAACCGCACUAGAGAGACUGGCUCGUCAAUCUACGGCGGUUAGAAUGCAGUUGGAGGAAAUGGGGAGGGAAAAGAAGAGUAAGGUUGCGUAUCCACAUUGGUCGCUGCCUGGGUUUUUGGCUGGUGAGGAAAAGUAG